CUAGCACGAUGGCCCCUAACUCUCCCAACUCCAACAACUUCAACACUACCCUCUCUCCUCCCAACCUCACCAUCCCAAACGAGGCCUUAGUGGGGAAAGGGACGGGUCAACUUGGGUUGAGUCAAAGGGUGACUGAGUGGAGAAAAACAUCAUUAGUUGCCAAAAAUAGCAGGUGGGUUCAUGGUCGUGUUGAUGCAACUGAAGAUGCGUGUCUAACUCCAACUUCGUUAGAGGAGGGUCACGAUCACGACGCAGACAGUAUCAUAAGAGCAAGUCAAAUGGUGAGAGCACAACUCAUGCAUGUAGCAUCAUCCUCAUUUUCAAACGAGAUUGUUGUGGAAACCGAGGAGAAAAAGAAAGCAUGGGAGAUGUUGCAAGCUCAGAUUCUUCGUGCAUCAGCGUUGGUUCCUAAAAACGAGGUUGUUGGUGGCACUUCAGACUCCACAUCAUCAUUGGACAUGGUCAUGAGUACAACACUCACGAUUGCACCACCGGUUCAGAACCGUUUUUUCUCACAGCUAGAACCAAACACUAACAAUAUGGGCAUCAUUGCCUUUUGUCCCUCUCCAUCAAGUGCUUUGCAGCGCGUGGGGGAACCAGCUAACGAGGUUGAUAAUGUUUGUGAGAAUGGAAAAGCUAGAAGAUAUGAUGGUCGAAUCCAUAGCUAUCCGUACAAGAAAAAUGGCCCCUACACAUGUCCCAAGUGCGACACUGUGUUUUAUACAUCACAAAAGUUUGCUGCACACGUCAGUUCGAAUCACUACAAGUACGAGACGAAAAGUGAGAGAAAGCAGAGAUUGUUGGCAAAAGUCCGAGGGAGAAACCUACGACUACAACAGGUAAAUGAUGCACUCACUAUGGUUCCUAUCAAUGCUGUUAGUGCAAGAAACCACAACAACAACAACAUUGUUGUUACUCCUUCUCCUCCUAGGGUGAUUAAGGCUGAAGUAAUAAGUGAGUUUGGUGCGGAGAUCCCUCCUCCUCCUGGAAUGGAUAAAAUAAAUGGUGUGAAAAUAAAAUUGGAGCCAGUUGAUACAUGAGCCCAAUAACUAGGUUUUAAUUUCAUCCUAAUAGUUUUAGUGUUGUUUAAUUAUUAUUCACAAGGUCGGGGUCAAGGUCAGUCUACAAUUGUG